AUGAGCGAAACGCCUCAACCCCAUGAUUCGUCAGCCGCCCGGCCUCAGAAACCUAAAACCAAACGGUCAAUUCGAGCCAAAUACUCUCGGCCUUGUGAUGGAUGUGCCCUUAGAAAGGUCCGGUGUGACCAGCAAAAGCCUUGCUCUCGGUGCGUGGAGCACAAUGUCCCUUGCACCGAUAACCGGCUCAAAAAGAAGUGUGGGCCUAAACAUAUCCACAAAAAGACCAGAGACUCCAUCAACAAUUUAUCGAUGGGUAACGCCAAAAUCAACACCUUGGGCGACCAUAACCAGAUCUUAACCUUGGAUAAACUCUUACCAUGUCUUCAGAUCUAUCAGACCUGGUACUACGGGAUUUGGCCGGUGUUACUGGUGGCUCACUUGGUGCUGAGAAUCGUCCAAUUAAACCCCAACAGCGACUCGACCCUCAGCAAGGAAAAUGCUACCAGCUAUGCCUUGUGCUGCGCCGUGUGUGCGGCCAUCACUCGCCAGCUCACGUUCUUGACGGCGGGGAACCCCAUUGUGGGGGCCCCAGCCAAUAUCGAUGCCAGCCAGUACGCUAAAGAGGCUAUUCGGGCACGUAACUUGUUUGACUACCGACUUGACCCUUCUCACGACAACUUGUUGAUCUCGUUCUUUCUUUACAUCUAUUAUAUCAACAUUAAAGAUGGGAUCCAAGCAGCCAUCUUGUAUAUGAAAGAAGCCAUCUCCAUUGCUCAGUUACUUGGUUUACACGAUCCUAGAACAUAUUCUGCGAGACCCACCGCCGAAGUCCACCGGUUGCGAAAAAUUUAUUAUAUGCUUUUGGUGACCGAAAGGUUUCUGUGUAUCGAAGAUAAUGUUCCAGUGUGUUUGGAACCUUCAAUCCCCUUGCCAUCGUUGGAGGAUGAGGAGUAUAGUGGCUUGUUGACGGGCUUCAUCGAGUUAGUCAAGAUCUUUUCCAUUCCUGAUAAGCGGUUUUUCGAUAACUUGAUCAACUAUAGUAAGAAAAAUCCCGGCAACUUGAACAACUUCCAAAACCUCUUUGUGUCAAGUGGGACUCCAACUCGCAAAUGGAUAACAGAUGUGCAAGUUCGCUUGAGCAAGAUCGAAGUCACCAAUGCUUCAAGUGACACCCAGAGGUUGAACAUCAUUCUCUCCAAGCACUGGAUGCGUGCAUUGGCCUGGCACAUUUCUUCUCAAAACGGCCUUUUGAUCAAGAAGGAUACCGAUCUGGAAAACCCCUGCCUUUCUUACCAGUACCCCAUUGAAAUAGCUAAAGACUUUUUGAUAAGCACCGAAAACCUCCCUAUUUUUGCUUUCGAGUCCAACGGACCCGGGGUACUGGUUAAACUACUCGAAAUCGCCUUGGCAGUGGCCGACUCCGUCAAUGAGUGUAUCAUCAAUAAAAGUGAGUAUUUCACUGCCUAUAACUUGUUGACGUCGAUCUUCAACUUGGUUUCAAAAUUCAAAAGUGAAAUCACUAUUUCUGAAGAACUAUAUGUGAAGGUCGAGUCCAUUGUGCGGCGUAAAUCUAUGCCUCUGCCCAUCUACCCCAAGAGUUACAUUCGUGAAGUCAAUAAUGAUGGAGAAAGC